UGCCAGGCCACACGACAAACGUCGGUGCUAAGGUGGCCCAGAAGAUGAUAUUAAAUGGGGGAAGAAAAAUACUAAUCUAUAAAUACGAUACGAAGUCUAUUCUUAUUCAAAAGUUUCCACCGAAACGUGCAUCAAGGUGA